GUCAAGCAUCGAGCUGGCUGAGGGCGCCAGCGACCUUUUCCUGUCGCCCGAAUCCGCCGAAUCGGCGCAACCUCUGGAUGCGGAUGUGCUGACAGACCUGCCUGUGAUUGGUGAGUCCCCCGUGGCGCCUCACGCGGCGUCGAAGGUCUCCCGGAAGACCUCGGCCAUCACAAAUGCCUCCUUUAAGCCCGAGAGUGUACCCGAGGACAUCCCUAUUACCAAAAAUGGUGACGACGAGGAUAGCAAACACCACCACCAUCAUCACCGUCGCUUGCAGCCCAGACAGGUGGAGGGCCUGAUGUUUAACGAGCAGCUGACGCGCAGUACGGAGAACGUGUCUUCCCUGGGUGGUGGUGAGGGCGAGCAUGAGUCGAAGAAUGUCCGGAGGGCACCAAUUGCUGCAAAG